CUCGUCGAUGGUUGCUCCGAGGUCGGCUCCUGGUGUUGUGAGCUUGUCGUUGGUGGCUCUGCGGUCGGCUUCCGGUGUUGUGAGCUCGUCGAUGGCAGUGCCGAGCUUGAUUUCGUCUGUUGUAUCAGAUUCUUUGUCAGUGAAAGAAUGUGGUCGAGAUGUGGAGGGUACGAGCUUGUCGCUUGCUAUGCCGAGCUCCACGGAGCCGUGUUGUGAUGAAGUGGGGUUCAGUUCGUUGGAUGGGGAGUUUUCUUGUGAGCAGCUGUCUUUGAUGGUUCGUAAGAUGGAGCUUGCUGAUGGUCGCAAGUCGUGGUCGGAGAUUGCUGAAUCUGUUAUUUUUGCUGAGGUAGGUACUCUUACGGGAAGCGAAGCAGAAGAUAGGGUAAGUGCGAGUUUGAUCGAGGAAGGGACCGAGUUUCUUUUUGAUGAGCACGGGACGGAUUUGGUGGCGGAGCCUGGUGUUGGAGGGUCGAGACCAUCUUUGAAAACGCCUCCUGUUGUCUUGAGUUCGUCAUCUUUGGUGAAGAAGACUAUGUUGGAAACUAUCCGGGAACAUGAGCAGAUGCAGUUGGCAAACUCCUUUCUAGCGAGAGAGUCGUCGUCGGAAACUACAAGUUCCUCUGACGGUAGUUCGUACUCGAGUUCUCAUAGUGAGGAAUCUGCGGAUGGUGCUGAUGUUGCUAAUGAAUCUGAUAACGUUGUUGGAGAUGAUGGAUGAGAUGAUGACGUUGAAAAC